UGGAGGCCGAGGGGGGCUCCGUGAAAGUGUCCGAGGAGGCUCUAUAUGAGAAUCGAGACGGCUCGCGCGCCACACUCGGUGACCUGCAGAUCUCACUUUGAAGUCUUUACAAUGAAGUGUUUGUUGGUGUUGUGCGCGCUCGUUGCCGCGGCAGCUUGCUACCCUCAGCGCGAGGGAGCCGCCUACAGUAAGGAGGCCAUCAAGCAAGCCCAGAGCACCUCGCUCAUCCCCAAGGACGCCAUCAUACAAAAGGUCCAGGAAGGAGUGGAGCUGGCGGCCUACGAGUCUAUCCCCGGGAACCAGAGGAUCAAUUUGUUCGAGAUCCUUGGAGACCAGCUGCCCUCGGAGGUCAUCAACAACCUGCAGAGUCAGAUCGACCAUGUCGGACAGAACUAGUUUUAUUUAGACCUUAAGAAGCCAGAGAACGAUGACCAUUAAAACAUCUAUAUUAAGAAGAUUACAUCUGAACAGUACUGAUCUGACUACGCUUAGAAAUACAUUUGAAACAGAAAUCCACCAAAACUGUGCCGCUGAUUUCGUUCUACUGUUCGUUUUGUCGGGCCCGUGGUCCAACCGUUGAUUAAUAGUUAGUUACAAUAAGACUUUUAUAAGCGACCUCGACGCGACGCUGGGAAAGACGUUUAAAAGAAUCAGCUUUCAAACAAACAAGGACCCAGUUGAACAUCGACCAAGCAGCGAGGCGCCUUAUGACGGUCUUAUUGAUAGCGUCCGCUUCACAGAACUAACAAUAAAUAAUUUAUUGGUGAAGCACAACAAUAUGAAUGUGAUAUGUGACGUCAUUUUGUAUGUUUGUUAAUGAUUUGUAUUAAUUAUUAAACGCUCGUCGAGUACC